AUGAUCCACGAUCCACUUCCUCAACCUUCGGCUCCGCCCCCCUCAGGUACAAACUACUCUGCUGAAUUCGGCUGCUUUGAAGGCCCCGAAAAACUCCUCGAAAUCUGGUUUUCUCCAUCUCCCUUUGCCGCUGCCAUGACAGCCAGCAACAAUAGCUCCAACGAUCAUUCUGACUCUGAAAUGUCCGACGAAUCUACUCCUGCUACUCCCAAUGAAUCUCAAAUCAACUUGUCUCUGGGCUACUCAAACAAUCUUCGUACCGUCGAUCGUGCCUUAUGGGAUUCCAUGCUUGCUACUGUCAAGUGUACAGUUCUUAGCGUUGUUAGUAACGCUCAAUUGGAUGCUUAUUUAUUAAGUGAAUCUUCCAUGUUUGUCUUUCCCCACAAGAUUGUUCUCAAGACUUGCGGUACAACCACGUUAUUAAAGGCCGUACCUUAUAUUUUGGAACUCGCAAGAACGCGUUGUGGAUUCGAAAGUGUCUACCGAUUAUUUUAUUCAAGAAAGUCCUUCAUGUUCCCUGAUAAACAACCAGGUCCUCAUAGAAGUUGGGAAGAAGAGGUCGCUUAUUUAGAUAAUCAUUUCGAACACGGCGCAUCUUAUGUUAUUGGUAAUACAAGAGCAGAAGAAUGGUACCUUUAUUUGACAUCACCUGAUAUGACGCAGCAUCACCACAUCGAAAAUCUUACCAACAUGCAACAAUUGAUGAAGGAGACGGAUGGAUUGUCUUGGAUGGGAAAUGAAGAUAAAUAUAAUUGGAGUAAGAUGGACACAAAGAUGGUUGUUCCCAAGCCACCUGUUCACGAAACUUUUUGCGCUUCUUCUGUUAUGGGAUAUCGUACUCAUGAUGAAACAAUUGAAAUUCUCAUGACAAGUUUGAAUCCCGAUGCCAUGCGCGCCUUUUAUCACGAUGGCAACGAGCCUUCUGGAUUGAUCGGCGGUAAACGCGUCGACAAGGACACUGGACUUGAUAUGCUCUAUCCCGAGGCCAAUGUCGACUCCUUUUUGUUUGAACCUUGUGGUUAUUCAUGUAACGGCUUACAGGAUGAUGGUUACUAUACAAUCCAUGUCACCCCCGAGCCCUCUUGCUCUUAUGCUUCCUUUGAAACUACCAUUCCUACUCAACCUGUCGAGACACCUGGUAAAAAUGGUCAUGGACGUGAAGAGGCUAUCCGUAAAUUGAUCCGUCAAGUGAUUGACAUAUUUCAACCAGGAUCUUUCACCGUCACUUAUUUUGCUUCUCAUGCUCAUGAAGAUCAACAAUCUGAUAACAUUAACAAACUUGUUCGUUCUGUCGAUCAAUUUGGAGGCUACAAGCGCAAAGAUAAAAUUCUUCACGAAUUUGAAGGAUACGACCUUAUUUUUGGUCAUUAUACAAAGAUGUAA